AUGUUCGUUACAUUAUCAUUGUUCAAUAUUUCGUGGUUUUUCGUAUUUGCUUUUGUCAUAUUAUUAGCAUUUACGGGUAGUGGUCUUGUUAUAAUAGCAAUAUUAAAAGAUAAAUCCAUGCAUACAUCAAUAUAUUAUUAUAUAAUUAAUGUCAAUAUUGCUGAUGUGAUUUUAAUAUUGACAUGUUUACCAGAACGAAUACACGAUGCAUUACCACUAGCCGGUUUUCAACUAGGAAAAAUAACAUGUUAUUUAUUGCCAUUUCUUCAACAAGUAUCAAUGCAUGCUGCAUUAGAAUCAUUACUGAUACUUACAAUACAUCGAUGUUAUCCAGCUGGUGUACCAAAAUUUCUUCAAGGUGAUUUUGUUCGAAAACAAAUUCGUAAUUAUCAGACAACAAUAUUUGCAACAUGGUUAUUUGCUGUCUUAAUAAAUAUUCCUUUAGUAUCAAUAACAAAAUAUCGUACAGACGAUAUCAUUAUUCCAUCAACAAAUGCAACAUUGCCCAGUUGUGAUACAGAAGCCAAUCAAAUAUGGUCCAUUACAUAUUUAAUUCUAAUACUUGUUCUAACAUAUUUAGUUACCGGUACAUUUCUUAUUAUUAUAUAUGGACAAGUCAUACGAUUAAUAUUAGCUUCAAAAAAGUUUACAGAAAAGAAUGAUAAUAAUAAUUUAUCAUCAAUAACUACGACUCAAACUCCCAGUAAUACCAUAAUGCAAACAUCACUACCAAAACAUCUUUCACUUGGCUCUUUAUCAUCGAAUCAACGUGGUUCAUCACGUGGAUUGGCAACUAUUAUUGCAAAUUCAACAAAAAGACAUUCCUAUCCUCGAACACACAAUCAAAAUGGUUUCAGUGAUAUAAUAAAUCCUUCUCAUCACGUUCCAUUUUUAUAUUCUACCAAAAAUCAACCACUUUUAUCAUCUCCCAAUGAUCGACGAUUACAUACUCAACGUUUACAAGUGACUAUUAUGCUAUUUAUUGUCAUUGUUCUCUACAUUAUUCUAUUAUUACCCUAUCGUCUAUUUAAUUUAUUAUUUAUUUUACACUAUCAAAUAUUUGAAAAUAUAAAUGAAUUAUUAUUUCAAUGGUUAAUAAAUAUUAUUCGACUUCUAGUCUUUCUUAAUUGUGCCCUUCAACCCAUUAUCUAUUUAAUUAUAUCAAGUCGUUUAAGACAAUCGGUGAUGAAAUCAUUAAAAAUAUGUUUAAAAUGUAAGUGUAAAAAUGAUGAAUUCUGUUCACCAUCAUCAUUCCAACAACAAAAUGUUACACAAAAACGUUUAUACUGUGAAAGAAAACAUUAUAGUACGAGAAAUAAUCAACGUUAUUUAGAUCAUUGUACUAUGCCACAUUUCAUACAAGAACGACUAAGACCAAAUAUAAUGUGUCGAAAUCAUAUGUAUGAACGUUGA